ACAAUAGAAAAAGUUUUACAAGAACAUUGUGUAAAAUAUUAAAAAUUUAUUAAACAAAUAGAUUAAAGUUUGAAAAACGUGAAAAAAGUGAAAAUAAAACAAAUAUAGACAUUUUAACAAAAACGACAAAAGACACCAUAAUUGCUUAAAGGGCUGAAUUGUAAAUUUAGUUUUAUUACAAAAUGUGGAAUCAAUGGUCGCAAUAUGCAGCGGCUCCGCCUUUACCAACAACAGCUCCACCACCUCCGCCCCAGGAACCAAGUGGAGCUACUGAACAAGCGGCUCCAGCUAUUAUAGGACCCAUGUUGCCUACGGCAACGGUGGCACCACCAACAGCAGCAGCAGCCCCUAUGCCGGGACCUACAAUGCCUGCUGCUGCAGCUGUUCCUGCAACUGGCGGUGCCGGUGCAAAUCCUUAUUCGCAAUAUACAGCUGCUCAAUAUGCAGCUAUGACACCAGAACAACAAUAUGCUCUACAGCAACAUUGGCAACAAUGGCAAAAGUAUCAAGAGGAAUAUGCCAGAUGGCAUGCCCAAUAUGGAGAGCAGUACAAACGUGAAAUGCAAUUGGCACAAGCCACCACUGCAGUCGCACCGGCCACACCAGCUCCUGCUGCCACGCCUGCCUAUUCAACUAGCUAUUAUCAACAACCAUCAACUGCACCACUUAAUAAGAUUACGGGUCAGCCUCAGUUAUAUACACAACCGCCACCACCACAAACUGCAGGCCCAGAUGUUACAAGCUAUCCGCCGGUAGGACCAGCCGCCAGUGUAACACAACAACCACCACCACCAUGGCAACCACCUUCAUUUAACCAACCACCACCAAAUUUCAAUCAACAAAGUGCCAAUACCAAUAAUUCCAAUAUGAAUUCACAUUACCAACAACCGCCUUGGUCAGAGGCACCAAAACAAGGUAUACACGCCGGACCACCACCGACGCCACAAACAGGCACGGAAAACAUUAAUAGUCAGGGUAAUCGUGGACCAAAUAAUUGGCAAGGACCGCCUAAUAAUAGAGGGUCAGAUAGUUGGCAAAACAAUCAGUCGGUUAAUCGAGGCAGUGGACCUAAUAAUCGUUCAAAUAAUAAUUGGAAUAAUCAAAAUGCUGCAGAUAAUAUGGGAGGUCCUCCAAAUAAUUGGAAUAAUCAAGCAUCAAAUAAUCGUAAUAUUGGUGGCAAUAAUAGAGGUAAUUUGACUGUCGCAGAUGAUAAUAUGCCUAUUUCAGAUGAUAAUAUGCCACCCUCGGAUGAUAGUCGCCCCAGUGAAUACGAUAAUAUGGCUGAUGAUGUUGAUGAUAUGGAUAAUAAUGGGCCUAACAAUAAUCGUAAUUUUGGUGGUCCCAGUAAUUGGAAUGAUAGGGGUAAUAAUCAAGGCGGUCCGUCUUCAGGAAAUGAACGUAAUCGUGGUCCAGGCAAUUGGAAUGAAGGUCCAAAUAAUAGAGGACCCAAUGGUAAUCGUGGUCCCAAUAAUUGGAAUGAUGGACCCAACAAUAAUCUUGGUAAUAUGGGUUCUAAUACUUGGAAUGAUAAUAAUGCCAAUAAUCGUGGACCUAAUAAUCGUGGUCCUAAUAACUGGAAUGAAGGACCCAACAACAAUCGUAGUAACGCACCCAAUAAUUGGAAUGAAAGACCCAACAAUGACCGUGGUCCUGGUUCCAAUAACAGGAAUGAUGGACCUAACAACAAUCGCGGCCCUAACAACUGGAAUGACGGACCCAAUAAUAAUCGUGGUAAUAACAACUGGAAUGAAGGACCUAAUAAUAACCGUGGCUCAAAUAACUGGAAUGAGGGUCCAAAUAACAGAGGACGAAAUAAUUGGAAUGAUGGACCCAAUAACAAUCGGGAAAAUUGUGGUCCUAAUAAUAGAAACGACAAUUACAAUAACCGUGGACCAAAUGAUCGUAACUUUGGUCCCAAUAAUCGAGGUCCCAAUAAUCGUGGAUCAAAUGAUUGGAAUGAUGCGCCCAACAACUUUGGAUCCAAUGAACGUAAUUUUGGUCCCAACAAUCGUUCAAAUGAACGUGAUUUCCGAGGUCCUGAUAAUGGACCAAAUGAACGUGGCCGCAAUAAUGAAGGUCCAAAUCAAAGGGGUGGUGCUCCAGGCAACAAUCGUGUCGCUAUGGCUGAUUUGGAUGAAGAAAUGUUCGAUCGUCAGUUCCGUAAGUGGGAGCAACAAUUUGAAGAUUGGAAAAAGGCCAAUGCUAACCAUCCUGACAGGGAAAUGUACAAGCGUUAUGAACAGGAGUUUCAAAAUCAACGCAAUCGCAUAGCCGAGAGACGUGAACAAAUGCGUAGACGUAAACUAGAACAAAUGGGUCUAGAUCCAAAUCAACCACCACCACAACCCUCUCCCUCAAAUCGUUCUCAAUCGGGAGACAACCGCGAUUCCUCUGGUAGGAAAAGAAACGAUUCAAUAGGAAGUCAACAAAGCUCUAGUUCAAAACAAAAUCUAGAACACAAUCAAAACAAAUCCUUCGAUAAACAAACAAAUAAAACUGCUCAAGAAACUAAAACACAGCCAGAAAUACAACAGGAGAAAGUUGAGGAAACUAAGAAACCUCAAGAUGAAGUUAAAAAAGUGCAAGAUGAAACUACUAAAUCUGCCAACAAUAGAGAAACUCCACAACAACAAAAGAAAAAUACUGCUACACCGUUGGGAAAACGUAAAAGUCGUUUUGAUACCCCAAAGACACCAGCCAACAAAAUAAAACCAGUCGAAGUGACAGAGGUCAUUAAUUUGGACGAUGAUGGCGAUGAUGAUAAGGUCGAAGAAAAUCAAGGCAAUAUGUCUGAAAUCUUUAAAAAAGUCGACGGUAUACCCGGUUUAGAUUUGAACGAUGAUACAUCAUCUAAAGAUGUAGACACAACAAAUAAACCAGAACCGAAAAAAAUUGGUAAAGUUCAAGCUGCUGUUGCUGGCACUGCUACUGCAACACCAAAGAAAAUUCCUUCUUUGUUUGAUAUAAAAGUUGAUAAACCUGAUAUGUCGGAUGUGAAACAGCCUCCGGCAACUAGUGCAAAUGCUAUACCAGAUUUAGCUAAAAGUUUAAAUGAUCCAGAUUUUUUGAAAAAGAUUUCAGAAGCUGUGGCUCAGGCUAAGGGUGGUGAUGCUGCAACAACAAAGUCGCAAGAUGUUGAUAAUCGCCAAAUGUCAUUUAAUGAAUGGCAAAAACGUAAUCAAGGCGGAGGCGUUGAGAAUAAAGCAAAUGAUGUUAAUGCCGAACAAGAUAAUACUAAUUCCCGGGAAAGUUUCCGUGAUAGAGCCUCUGAUCGUUCAGAAAUGGGUGAUGAUAUGAAUUCAAAUAUUAGUGCUAACAGUGGUGGUGGCAUGCGAGGAGGCAGAGGUAUGCCUAAUAAUAUAGGUCCUAAUAACUUUGGUCCUAAUAACAAUUUUGGCCCUAAUGGUCCUAAUAACUGGGGACCCAAUGGCCCUAACAAUUGGGGUCCUAAUGGUCCUAAUAACUGGGGUCCUAAUGGUCCUAAUAACUGGGGUCCUAAUGGUCCUAAUAAUAAUUUCGGCCCUAAUAACUGGGGUUCCAAUGGUCCAAAUAAUUGGGGCCCUAAUGGACCCAACAACUGGGGUCCUAAUGGUCCUAAUAACUGGGGCCCUAAUGGUCCCAACAACUGGGGUCCCAAUGGUCCUAACAAUAAUUUCGGCGGACCUAAUAAUAGAGGUGGCAACAAUUUCGGACCUAAUGGACCGAAUCGUAAUUUUGAUGGUCCCAACUUUGGCCCUAAUGAUGGUCCCGGCCGCAACUUCGGACGUAAUGGUCCCAACUUUGGACCCAAUGAUGGACCUGGUCGUAAUUUCGGACGCAAUGGCCCUAACUUUGGACCUAAUAACGGUGCAGGCCGCAAUUUCGGCCGCAAUGGUCCCAAUUUCGGCCCUAAUGAUGGCCCGGGAGACAAUUUUGGUCGCAAUGGUCCCGGUGGCAAUAGACGAAAUAUGGGUCGCGAUGGCUCUAAUGAUAGACGUGAUGGUUCUCAAAAUAGACGCGAUAAUUCCAAGAACAGAAAUCAACCCAACAAGGAUAUUACAGAUGAUGGUGGAAGUGGCAAUCGUGGCAAUGUUAAUAAUCCAUUCAGACGCAAUGAAGCUCCAAAAAUACCCAGUUUAGAACCGCAAGAUGUUGGCAAACCAAAUGACCAAAAGGAGUCCUGGAUUAAAGGCCCUGCUGAUCGUGAUAAUCUCGAUUAUGGUGACUACUAUCGACCGGUACAAGUCAUAGACUAUUCAAAUAGUAAUGCCACGCCCACCACAACCAUACUGCCAAAAGUUAUCGAUUAUGGUCAUAAACCGGUGAUGAAUGAUGGUGAUGAUGAUGAGGCUGAUAAUAAUGCUUUUAAACCUUUGAAAAUAAUCAAUUAUGAUCACGCCUCAAAGGCAAAGAAUAAUCCACAACAAUGGCAACAGCAACAACGUGGAAAUGCUAAUCAAAAACGUAAAAAAAGAAAAAAUAAUAAAAAUAAUCAACAGCAGCAAAAAAAUCAGAAACCAAAUCAACAACAACAGCAAAAGCAACAGCAACAGCAGCUGCAGCAGCAACAAAAACAAAUACAAGCGGUUCAAAAUCCCUUCAACACCUCAAAUGAGCAAAAGGAUUUACAAGAACAAAAUAAAAAUGCUGAUGCCGAUAAAGAACAGGCUGAUCUAGAAGAAAUUUCUGAUUUUGAAGAUAUGCCUGAAGAAGAACCACAAUCACCACCACCUCCGCCACCGCCUAUGUUCAAUUCAAGCGGUACUUUUACACCAUUUGAUACACAACAAACACCCUCUUCAAUAUUUCCCUCAACAGCUGAAGCUAAUGAAAAUCUACCGAAAAUUUCAUCGACUCAUGUUCAAAUGUCCAUACCCACAGAGGAGAAUAAUAAUACCAUUUCAAUUGAUGAGAUACUCAUGAAACCGGGACGUCAAACAAGACCCAAAAAGAUUUGUAUUAUUCUAAGAGGUCCACCCGGUAGUGGUAAAUCUCAUGUAGCUAAGCUUAUAAAAGAAAAAGAAAAGGAAAUGGGUGGUAAUAAUCCACGCAUUUUAAGUAUUGAUGAUUAUUUCAUAAUCGAAAAUGAUUAUGAAGAAAAAUGUCCCAAAACUGGCAAGAAAAUUCCAAAAAAGGAAAUUCUUUAUGAAUACGAUAAAGAUAUGGAGGAGAAAUAUAUGGAAUAUUUAAUAAAAUCUUUCAAAAAAACUAUUGCCGAUAAUUUCUAUGAUUUUAUUGUUAUCGAUUGUAAUAAUAAUUCUUUACGUUCAUUGAAUGAAUUUUAUUGUCAUUCAAAAGAUUCGGGUUUUGUGCCCUAUAUUAUAGAUCUUUUUUGUGACUUGGAAACUUGCCUUAAUCGCAAUAUUCAUGAACGCAGUGAAAAUGAUAUUAAAGAAAUCAUUGAUACCUGGAAGACUACACCUUGUCAUUAUAUUAAAUUAGAUAUUUCUAGUUUAUUGCAGAAUAUUGUUGAAAUGGAAGAUGCCGAGGACAUGGUUGUGGAUGAUAAUACAAUUAGUGAAAAUUAUGCUGAUAAUAGUAAUAUGACAACGUCGGCAGAUAAUGAACAAAAUAAUGAAGCAGCAGAUAUUGAGGCAAAUGAUAAUGUCAAUCAAGAUAAUAACGACGACGACAAAGAUGAGGAUGAUAGUAAUGAUUCAACGGCAAAUUGUGGCUUCUUAAAAAGCAAAUGGGAAACUGAUACAACCACACAAAAUUUGGCCCGCUUGGAUGGUACUAGUAAAUUGGCGACAAAACGUAAACCCACUAUGGAGGAAUAUUUACAAAUGGAUGAAUGGCAACCGCCUACAGAUUCCAAAGGCAAAAAACGGGUACGAUGGGCUGAUAUCGAAGAAAAACGUGAACAGGAGAAAAUGCGUGCCGUUGGCUUUGUUGUGGGUCAAACUGAUUGGAAACGUAUGAUGGAUCCUAAUGCAGCUAAACGUGCAUUAAAUAAAACUAAAUAUAUUGAACGUGUUAAUAAAAGGCGUUAAUAAGAAACUAGUGAUUUCUUUAACUAUUUAAAUAUCGCAUUUAUUGAAAUGUUGUAAACAUAUUUAAUUUUGUUUGAAAUUUGCACGACUAUUAAGGAUUUUUUUCGUUUUGAUUUUAAUAACCAUAUGCAUUCGUAAUUUUAUUUACUUAACGUGUUUUAAUAUUUAAACAAACAA